AUGAGUCUAGUGCCUAAACCGUCCAAGCUCCACGGCGUGCCCGUCAAGAAGUACACGUACCUGGAGCCGCCCACUCCGGGGUCCGUUACGGUCCGGAAGCGCAUCACGCGCAUCAUCCCACCUCCUAUGCCGCCGCCGUGCCCAGAACCCUGCCCACCACCACCCCCGGAGAUUUGCGAGCCUCCUCCCCCUCCGCCCCCGCCCGUUGAAGUAGUACCGCCGCCUUGCGUCGAGGUGCCACCACCACCACCACCUCCUCCCCCUCCCCCUCCACCGUGCGACCCAGAACCUGAGCUCAUCGACGUCAUCUCGGUUGACGUCGAUCCGCCGGAGCCUAAACCACCCAAGAGCGUCAAGAGCGCCAAGUCCUCCCGCUCCAGCAGCAGCCGCCGGAACGAAAAGGAAGUUUACAUCGAGCGCGAGAGGCUGGUUCCUUAUCCCGUUCCCGUAGCGCCCCAGUAUGAGACGUUCCGCUAUAUCGAUGCGCCGCCGCCCAGGCCGCGGUACAUCUCACCACCGAGGCGCCGGUCGGAUGAGGAGGACCGCGUCAGGGUCAUGAUUCGGGAUAGGGAGCGGAGGAGGGAGUACUACGACUAUUAA